AUGGCGGCUCUACAGUAUCUGGACACCCUGCGGAAUACUCACCCGGAGCUUUCUGAGUGGUACAACACACUUGCAGAUCUGUACCAGCGCAAACUCUGGCACCAGCUCACCGUUAAGCUCGAACAAUUCGUCGCCCUCGCCUUCUUUCAGGCUGGCGAUGCUCUAAUACAGCUUUACCACAAUUUCAUAACUGAGUUUGAGACAAAGAUCAAUCUCCUCAAGCUUGCUCAUUUUGCUGUCAUAGUUUCCCGGCAGUAUUCGGAGAAAGAGGAUGCCAUAAACUAUCUUGAAGGAGUGAUUGAAAAGCUUCGUAAUACAAAAGAGAUGCGCAUAGAGGAGCCUAUUCUUUAUAUAGAGAUGCAGAUUGCUACUUUUAAGCUUGAGCAAGGAGAUCAUAAAGAGUGCAAGAAACUCUUAGAGGAUGGGAAGAGUACACUUGAUAGCAUGACUGACAUUGACCCAUCUGUGUAUGCCAGCUACUACUGGGUUUCAUCUCAACUUCAUAAAUUUCGUCAAGAAUUUGCAGAGUUCUAUAAAAGCGCUCUUCUUUAUUUAGCUUACACUUCUGUGGAGUCUCUGUCAGAAUCAUUUAAGCUGGAAUUGGCAUUUGAUUUGUCCCUAUCAGCAUUGUUGGGGGAAAACAUUUACAACUUUGGAGAACUCCUUGCACAUCCAAUUGUAAAAAGUCUCAUAGGGACUAAGGUAGAAUGGAUAUACUAUAUUCUGGAAGCAUUCAACUCUGGCGACUUGAUUCGUUAUCAAGAAUUGUGCCAGGUUCAUAGGGCUGCUCUGAGUGCCCAACCAGCAUUAGUGCAGAAUGAGAAAAACCUUCUGGAGAAAAUUAACAUUCUGUGCUUGAUGGAGACUAUUUUCAGUCGACCAUCAGAAGAUAGAACUAUUCCAUUAAGUGUCAUUGCUGAACGGACAAAACUUACUGUGGAAGAUGUGGAGUAUCUUCUUAUGAAGAGCCUUUCAGUGCAUCUGAUCGAGGGAAUUAUUGAUCAAGUUGAGGGAACAGUUUAUGUUUCCUGGGUUCAACCAAGAGUAUUGGGGAUUCCCCAGAUCAAGUCAUUGCGUGACCGACUGGACAAUUGGGUGGAUAAAGUUCACACUGCGUUGUUAUCUGUUGAGGCAGAAACCCCUGAUUUAGUCGCAGCAUAA